CGAAAGAGGGGAAAGCAAACAAUUUUCAGGCCCGCCGCGUCUCGCAAAAAAUAUGAGAAAAAAAUUAUUAAAAAUUCGGAAAAUAGUUGAAAGUCCAGAAAAACUCUACCGAAACGAUGUUAAAGCAUCCGGGGCCUGUGGGUGUGGGCCGGUCUGACUCAAUCAAACUGGACAGAUUGCUCCGCCCCCCUCUCCUGUAGAGACCAUGGCCACCGGACCCCAGGCCCCCCGAGAGCAGGUCCUGGAGGUGACCAGCGGGAGGCGCAGGAGAGCAGAGGGCAAGCCCAAGAAGAACUUCUGCUGCCAGCAGUGCCAGAAGGCCUUCAACAGCCUGGAGAAGCUCAAGGUGCACUCAUACUCCCACACCGGGGAGAGACCCUUCGGCUGCUCCCAGCCCGACUGUUCCAAGGCCUUUGUGUCCAAGUACAAGCUGCUCCGGCAUAUGGCGACGCACUCUCCAGAGAAAAACCACAAGUGUUCGUACUGUGAGAAGAUGUUCCAUCGCAAAGACCACCUGAAGAACCACCUGCACACCCACGACCCCAACAAGGAGGCCUUCUGCUGCCAGCAGUGCGGCAAGAGCUACAACACCAAGCUGGGCUUCAAGCGUCACCUGGCCCUGCACGCCGCCCACAGCGGGGACCUGACCUGCCAGGUGUGUCUACAGAGCCUGCCCUCCACCAGCCUGCUCCUGGAGCACCUCAAGAGCCACGCGGGCAAGUCCUCCUCUGGCACCAAGGAGAAGAAGCACCGCUGUGAGCACUGCGAGCGCCGCUUCUACACACGCAAGGACGUGCGCCGCCACAUGGUGGUGCACACGGGCCGCAAGGACUUCCUGUGUCAGUACUGCGCCCAGCGCUUUGGCCGGAAGGACCACCUCACCCGCCACGUGAAGAAGAGCCACGGGCGCGAGCUGCUGCGGGUGAAGAGCGAACCCACCGACCUCCUGGAGGCCGGGGUGUACGACCCAGCGGGCACCUCCACACGAGCCCAGCCUCACAGCGCUUUCCCCGGGCACAGCCUGGACACAGAGCCUUACCCCCUCACCACACAGCCUUUCUCUCUCAAGUACCCUCUGGGUUUUACCUCAUUCAGCGGCUCCUCGCAGGAGCACGCCCUAAAGGGAGACUUGGACACCUACCUGAUGGACUUACCCUCCUCCUCCUCUGCCCCAGAGCCCCCACUGCCCCCCUCCUCCAAACUGGAGCUAGAUGACCCCGACCAAGAGUCCAAAAUGUCCACCCCUACAGCAGCCAUGACAGGCGAGUCGCUAGCUUCUUCGCUGAUAGAUUUCUCCCAACUCUUCAACUUCCUGCCUCUGAACGGACCAGCGUACAGCGCUCAGGCAGGGGGCAGCGGGGAGGCCUCUGGGGGCUACCGGCCCGGUGAGGACCCCCUGCCUCUGGAGGACGCCCCGGAGUCUGCAGACAGCUCCCUGCAGCUCCCCCCCUUUAUGUCCAGCCUGAGCAGUGCUCCCACCCUGCCCCGCUUCCACCAGGCCUUCCAGUGAUCAGAGAAGGACCAGAGAGGAACCAGAGAGGGACCAGAGAGGGACCAGAGAGGGACCAGAGAGGGACCAGAGCCCAUUCUCCUACAAACAGGGUCCACGCCUCAGAGUAAAAAUGCUUAGUAUAAUUUAAUACAACAAAGAUAAUAAUUACAAUAAUAUGCAUUAAAAGUCAACCCAGAAUAAAAUAGUUUACAAAACUAUGUUAAAAUUAGCAACCAAUAGGAUUACAUCAACUUCUCACUGGUGUAAGUACCUUUAGUCCACUGCAGAGGGAGCUAGCCUCAGGAGCAGAGGGAACUCUCUCUGGCUCUGGUGCCUGAGUGCUGGGUCCCUGGUAACACUGUGAUUAAAUGUACCAUCAACAGUGCCUUUAGGGCCCUCUCUCCUGUCCCCAGCAGUGCCUUUAGGGCCCUCUCUCCUGUCCCCAGCAGUGCCUUUAGGGCCCUCCUCCUUGUCCCCAGCAAUGCCUUUAGGGCCCUCCUCUUUGUCCCCAGCAGUGCCUUUAGGGCCCUCCUCCUUGUCCCCAGCAGUGCCUUUAGAGCCCUCCUCUUUGUCCCCAGCAGUGCCUUUAGAGCCCUAUGUGAGGUGUGUGAGAGCUCGUUGUCGGUGUGGAGGUGUGGACUGUGUGUCGGGCAGGUGCUCUCUCCUCUCACGCUGGGGCGUGCCUUCACUCCUCUUUAACAGUACUUAUCUUUUAUAUAUAGCACUUUAGACUUGUGGCAUCACCUGUUCUGUGGUGGUGUGUGUGUUUGGAGCAUUUACAGUAGUUUAACAUAUAUCUUCUGUUCCAUGUGCCACACUUCGACAGGACUGUGCUGGGGUCUUUAGUGUCUCCAGUGCAAUAGCGCCUCCUGUGUGUAUGGGAGGUGUAUACACCCGACCUGACUCACCUUUAGGUACACAAUACUGAGAGAUUUACUAUAAGCUUAAGCCCAUUCAGAGCGAUUGUUACUACACAAAAAGCUAUACUUUUUAUGUUCAAAAACAAACAAAUUGUGUAUUUUGAAGCAAAGUGCAGCACCUUGUCAGUAUAAAACAUACAUGAGCAUUAAUAAUGAACCAUUCAACUCAAGCUGGUUUUACCUUAUAAGCUCCAUCAAACAGACUCUGCCCUAUGCACACACACACGUGUAGUGUGUUUUCUAUACACACACACAUAUGCACAUACACGAGAGUAGUGUGUGUUCUAUACACACACACAAAUAUGUGAGUCGUGUGUGUGUCUUAUGCACACACACUCACACACACACACACACACACACACACACACAUACACACACGUGAGUCAUGUGUGCAUGUGUCUUAUGCACACACAUUCACACACACACGCACACACAUAUGUUCCAUGCCAAUGUGUGCCAGGGCCUUGUUCCUUGUGGACAGAGUAGAGGUGGGCCAUAUUGACAAAAGAUAAAUACAUUUAAUGCCAGACUGUGGAACAUUUUCAGCAGAGCAAUAACAUGUUCAUGUAGACAAGCGUGUGGCACACAGAAAAGUUCCAUAGUACGCCUUUAAUUAAACUAGUGACAUAACUUGAUAUGAUCUUGUAGAGACGAGGUGUGGCCCACCUCUGCAGAGCUCUCCCCUGUAGAGCUGCCAUCAGCACUUAGCUCCUCUUUGCACCAUCAGUUUAUCCUCCAGAGCUCAGAAUGUAUCUAUGCCGUGUUAUUAUUAUUGUACAUUUCACAUGCAGCGCCUGUGCUCAUGGCGCUCUCCACAAACACAAGGAUUUUAUCAGUGAAUGUCCCAACAUUUUUGUGAAGGUUUUUACAUGUGGGAGUGUGUUUUUAUUGUUCGUUGUUGUAAUCAUAGCACUUUUGGUAAACCCAAUGCCUUUAUUUUUCUCCAAUACGUUUUCAAAUCUUUAUUACAAAUGUGUAGAAGAUAUAUUUAGCUUUUUUUAAGAGAACAAUACCGUGUAAAUACAAUACUUUAUAAAGACGUUUAUUUUUGCAGGUACAAUGUGGACAGUGUUUUUGCUUUACUUGCACAUGUGUUUGGGAGGGAAGCUGGAUUCUGCCGCUGUGACCGCUCUGAUCGUCGGCCAUUUUGAAUCCCUGACAAAACAAUAAUCAUGACUUUGGAUUUGAAGAUUGGAGAUGUUUAUGCUAAUUUAGUGAUCGGCUGACAGAACACAGCUUCCUCUAUCAUCAGUAUUUACAGACCAUAGACUGCAUAUUACUGACCUCCACAAACGUGUUCUGAAGUGCAUGGGAUUCUUGGAUUCAUUUUGCAGUUCUGGUUUUAGUCUAUUUUUAAAAGCUCUGUACCUUAUUUUUACUCUACUAGUUUGUUUUAAAUGGUUUGCAGUGGUCCAAAGUUAUUCUUCACUUACCGUAUGCAUUCCAAGCAUCCAGAUUAUUCACCGUGAACUUUUAAGAGCUUUUCAACUCUCUGAGACCAGAGCGGAGUUUUGCAAAGAACAGAACAUCAACUAGCAUUCUAACACAAACAUCCUGACUAUCUGACAGUAAAACACAGAUAUUUUGACCUCAAGAGCUGCUUCUACAGUAUGUGUACUGGGGCAACACACAUUUUUCUCAUGGGAACAUGGGAAAAAUUGGGUACAAGGACUCGACUGCUCCCAGUGUUUAAAAAGUGAGGUGUUUAAUGUGCAGUCUAUUGUCUAUGGUCAAAUUGAAUGUGACUGAAACAAAUUUCAGUGAGGUCAUACAGCGCCCUCCACUGAUACACGCCACCGACAAAUUAGAACAAAGUACCCCCCAAAUGAUCUUUGAAUGUUUUUGCUGAAUCUGUAUGCAAAGUUUGUUGAGUAAAUUGGCGUUUGGGGUCAGAAAGUCCCCACAAUGCAAAACAAACGCUGGUCAGGGCGGGGUUACUGUUGGGGGGGCACUGGAUGUAAAGGAACUGUCGGAACAUCUGUCAUGUUGAGUGUUUCUCAUGUUUGUACAGUGAAUCUGAAUGUUUGGACUGAACUAUAGCUGCUAUAACACACUGACUCUCCUCAAGGUGCUAAGUCCCAUCUCUUUCUCUCUCUUCCUCUCUCUCCUGGUCUCUCUAUCCAUCUUUCUGUCCUCUGCAUCCUGACAUCAUACUGUGAUUUUGGACACUCUAUGCCUGUAUUCUUGUAGCCUCAUGCUGCUUGGUUCUGGAGGUCACUCUGACCACUGACAGUAUACAAUUGUAGUAGUUGUAGUAGUAGUUGAUGUUGUAUUGGUACAUGGUUCUAUGAUGAUUCACGGCCACUACUUUUCCCCACCCUGUCCUGUUAUGGGUCAACCUCCAUCAUGAUCUCAAUAACAAGUAAACGGAACCAGUCACAGUGAACAUAUAUGCAAUAUACUGUAUGCAAUAUACUGUAUGCAACUGAGAAAAACAAUGAGACUGUUUCUCGUCAUAGUAUUAUCCUGUAACAGUGCCUUAGCACCAUUUAUGUGCAUCCUGAAUUUUUACCUUUAUCCAAGUGAACUCCACAAGUCACUCCACGCUGUCAGUGGUCAGAUGUACCCCUCAGAUGAGCACUGUGAGGGGUCAGAUGUACCCCUCAGAUGAGCACUGUGAGGGGUCAGAUGUACCCCUCAGAUAAGCACUGUGAGGGGUCAGAUGUACCCCUCCGAUUAGCUCUGUUGGGGGUCAGAUGUACCCCUCAGAGGAGCACACUGUAGGGGUCAGAUGUACCCCUCGGAGCACUCCGCAGUCACUAGUGUUGCAUUCCAGACACAUUGGUUUGAUUUGUAUAACACAGUCCUAAUGUUAGUCCAGACACACACACUGUUGGGUUGUGUAGUCGUCGUGUACACUCUGUUUGGAGGUUGUGUAAAGUGAAAUAGAGCUGCGGCUUGUGUCUUUGUAACAUGACAUCAUCCAAAGAGGCAGAUUAUUUAUUGUUUGGCAACGCUGAGUUGAUUUCCAUACCUUGCUGCUAUAAA